AUGACAUUUCGCAUCAUUCUCGUCCUUGUUGCGCUGGUGGCGGCCGCCUCCAACCAUACCUACGACGCCGGCCAGCGCUGGGGACCCUAUCGGCCCAACCUCUACUUUGGUGUGCGGCCCCAAGUCCCCAAGACGUUGCUGGCCGGCCUCAUGUGGGCCGAGGGCGGCGUGCGCAUGCUCGACACGCUGCGCGACACAUGCGAGCAGGAUGACGGUAUGGAGGGUUACGGCUGGCCCCUCUACGACACGCGCGUCGGCGGGAGGCAGGAGAUCCACGAUGCUCGUCUCGGCAUCGACCUGACCACUGAGUUUGUCAAGACUUCCGACGGCCACAACUGGGCCGUCCGCGUCAACGGCGUGUCUCGCAGCCAUGACGCGACGCCGCAGAUUGCCCUCGUCUUUCACUUUGCCCUGGAGGAGAUGGGCAUCGACGAGAUGGAAAAGUCGCUCAAGUGUCAGGUCGACGGCACAGGCGCAACCAGCAAGGGCGUCUGUAGAGGCACCGAUCCGUCAUUGGGGGAAUUCACCAUCGAACUGUUGCCUAGCCAGGACAACUCGGUUGUGGAACAGAUGUCUGUCAUGACCACGCUCGUCCCAGAAGAACAAAUAUGGCAAGCCAAAGCUGCCUUCACCAACAUAUCCAGAUCCCCUGCCACCGCGACUAGUAAUGAGAAGGGCAAUAUAUACUUCUUAAAAACGGUCGUGCAGACUCCGUUUUCGCUGGAUUUGAUAUAUUCAACCAAGGGCUCCACGUCCGCCAUAACACCCACUUCCCUCCCAAAACUCUUGGAGGAUUUCUAUCUCUCCUUUCCAAACCGCGUAUCGAAUGUCUUUCCACAAUCAGCCCCGUUUCAAAGUGGAGAUUAUGCAAAAUUCACCCAAGCUCUUCUGUCUAAUCUCAUGGGCGGCCUUGGCUUCUUCCACGGCGAUAGCAGGGUGGAUGAUUCCCAUGCUCCCGAGUAUGAAGAAACCGACAUCAAGUUCUGGGAAUUGGCGGCAGAGGCCAUGAAGAGGGCAAAGGUCGCGACAGCACCGCCACGCUCGCUCCUCUCCCACACCCCCUCACGCCCCUUCUUCCCCCGCGGGUUCCUGUGGGACGAGGGCUUUCACCUGACACCUAUAAUUGAAUGGGAUUUUGACCUCGCAGUUUCAGUGCUGCGCAGCUGGCUCAACCUCAUGGACUCUGACGGUUGGAUUGGCAGGGAGCAGAUUCUCGGCCCCGAGGCUCGCAGUAAAGUCCCGUCCGAGUUCCAGGUCCAAUACCCCCACUACGCCAACCCGCAGACUCUUGCUCUUCUAUUUCCCAUCUUACUGCAAAAGAUGACAAACCCUUCGUCUUACCGAGGUCACCCGUCCAGGUAUCUUAUCGAUCCCGAAGGAGAGGGCAAAACCAUGCUACGCGAGCUGUAUGGCCUCUUGUCAAAACAUUAUGCCUGGUUCCGCCGCACCCAGGCCGGCAACUUCAGCGCCAUUUACCCUCGACCCGAAGGAGCCGCCGCCAUUGGGGAGGGCUACCGCUGGCGCGGUCGCACGCCCCAGCACACACUGACCAGCGGCUUGGACGACUACCCCCGCGCCGAUCCUCCACACCCCGCCGAGCUGCACGUCGACGCCCUCGCCUGGGUUGGUGCCACCUCAUCCGCCCUCGGUCGUCUAGCUGCAUACCUCGGUGAGGUCACCGAUGCUGAGACUUACCAACAGCAUCACGAGGGCGCGCUGCGCAACCUCGACCUUCUGCAUUGGGAUGAGGACGCGGGCGCAUACUGCGACUCGACCGUUGUCGAGGGGCGCUUCGAGCGCGUCUGCCAUCUGGGCUACGUCAGCGUCAUUCCGCUGAUGCUGGGGCUUGUGGGCGCCGAAAGUCCCCGACUCCAGGCGCUUUUGGAGCUGGUCGGUGACCCUGAUCGGCUGUUUUCUCCGUACGGGUUGCGGAGCCUCAGCGCCAAGGACUCCGGGUACGGUGGGGGCGACGACUACUGGCGGGGUGCCGUCUGGGCCAACCUGAACGUGCUGGCGGCGCUGCGGCUGGCAGAACUGGGCCGCGCAAGCAAUGGGGAGGAAACGAUCCGGGUGAGGGCCAAAGAGCUGGGCGCGGAGCUGAGGAAGCGGCUGGUCGAAACGGUGUACCAAAGCUGGAAGCAAACUGGGUUCGUCUGGGAGCAGUACUGGGACAAGACGGGGGAAGGUAGACGGAGCAGAGCUUUCACAGGCUGGACCGCCUGCGUGAUUUUGCUGAUGGGUGAUGUUGGCAGCGGGCCGGCAGCGGGAGGAGGGGCUUCUUCGAACGGAGGCCGUCGGUCGGGUUGGGGAUUGACAGGGUCUGAUACGAGCAGGUCGAUGGUUUCGGCCGAGCGAAGGCGCUCUUCUGCGCCCAUGUUAAUCGGGGUCGCGGGAGCCCUGGCGGUGGUUGUGCUUCUAAGGCGCAUGCUUUUUGGGCUUUGGCGUAGACUGGUAGACCGCAUACGAGGAGCGAUGGGAUAUGUGCAAGUGCCACAUAGGGCGUCGGACUAA